AUGCGCACGAAAUCCAUGUCGCUGGUACUCAUUCAGGAUCCGUCGCACGCAGAACCGAAACAUCUGGACCUUGAUUGGAUCGACGCGCGAGUCGUCGAUCCUUCGCCUUUCAGGCUCGGGAACCAGGUAGCUUCCGCGGGGAAUGCGCGGAAUUCUGGCGGAAAUUGGGGGACAGCGCAAGAGCGGGAGGCCGCGGAGGGGGUGGGGCGCAUGGGAGGCGAAACGGCGGAGCACAGUGAUUUUUGGGGCGCGGCAGAAAAAGCUGGUCCUGGUAGACGUGCAGGGUUAGGCUCGGGGAAUACUGUAACCGCGCUUCAUGGGGCGACUGGUUCGGGAAUAGGCUUGGGAAAGCACCGCAGGUAUGUGUCGGUGGACGUACGGCGGGGAACUGAGGAGGACCUGUAUGACGUGGCAGUCUUUGAUAGGGUGGACGAAGAACCAAUGUCAGGGAAAGGCGGGAUGGCGGGGGGACGUAGAAAGGGGGGAGCCAACGCGCUGAGCGCGGUGAGCGCAGGAGCAAGGGGGGGGAGGGGAACGGGGGAUUGGGUCGAAGCGGCGGAUUGGGAGGAGGAAGAGGAGGAGGCGGGGGAGGAGCAAUACGACGAUAGGGAAGGGACGAGCGCGCAUUUGAAUCAGCAGCAGCAUCGGUACAAAUCCGCUCGUUCCCUCCCGUCAACCGUAGCGCGGAGGAUAGGUGUUGCUGAGCUUCCCCUAGGCCCCGCGGACGGCGCUUCCGCCUCCUGCCACGUGUCCUAUGGACCUUCCGCGUCUCUCCCCCCUCUCCGCUCGUACCACUCCGGACACGCCCCACUGCACGGGGGGAGAGGGUUGGACAGGGGGGAAGCAGGGCAGGGGGAGUUUGUUGGCGGAAGCAAAGGAUGGGGGGAAGAGCGACGGGGGGGAAGGCGUCCGCGUACCGGGGAAGGUCUUGCAGUUGGGGAGGAGCGUUCAAGGGGGAAAAGCCGCGGGGCGGGGUAUAACAUGGAGGAGGCAUGGGGCGGUGGAGCGAAUUGGGAGGGGAAUGGGGAGGAGCAGGUCGGAAAAGGGCAAGUAGGGAGGUGGCGAGACGAGCGGCAAGAUCAGGGGACAGCGCGGAGGCAAGAGAGGGGGGAGAGAGAGGGGAUGGGGCGCGGGCAGGUGGCGAGGCGGCAUGGAAGAAGCGGAAGCAUUGCUUGUAGUGCGGAGCUGAGGGGGCUGUCUCUGGAGCAGGAACUAGUAGAGGAAAUGAUGCAGCAGCAGCAGCAGCAGCAGCAGCAGCAGCAGCAGCAGCAGGGCGGCAGACAGGCACGGCUAUUAGUGCAGCACAAGGAGCAGCAAGAGCAGCAUAAGCUGCAGCUGGAGGGAUGGCAGAAGCAAGCAGGAGCGCAGGUGGCGCAAGAAAGGGGCAGGUUGGCGCAUGCGCGCAGCAUGGGCGCAGCUGUUGCGGGAGGGGAGGGCAAGCUACAGCACGUGAUGCAGUGGCUGGCGAGCGCGCAGGGGCACGCGGAAGAGGGCGGAGAUAUCGGCUGGGCGGGGGCAGCCGACGGGGAGGAGGAGGCGGAGGAGGGCGGCGGGAGGGAGAUGCAGACAGAGGCGGGAGAUGGAGAGUCCGCGGCGGAAAGAGCAGCGCGAGAGGUCCCUAGUGUCGUGGACUCGCAGCGGCAGAAGUCGCGUGGCAUGAAGGGACGGGAUGGUGAAAUUUGGCGAGGGGUGGGGAGUGGGGACGAGAGGGGUGGGGAGGUGGGACGAGCUGUGAGGGAUGGGAGGGGAGAGGAUAAGGGAGAGGAGGACGAGGAGGCUGUGAAGGAGCACUGUAGGGAAGAGGAGGGGGGUGUGAGAUCUGCAGCUGCUGGUGAAGGUGAUGGCAACGGAGCUUCUAGUACCAGUGAGGUCAGCCGGGCAUCACCGGAGAAAGGAGGCAGCGGCAGGAAGAGCGAGGAUGGGAGAGCGCGCGGGGAAGUGGAGGUGGAGGAGUGCAAGUCGGGGGACAGGGACGGGGCAGGGGAGGGCAGGGAGAAGGAGGCGAAGGGAGGCGUGGAUGGGGACCGAUCAGGAGGGUCUAUUCAGUCUGGUCGCGUCUCCUUCUGGCGUUCCGCCCUUGGCCUGAAAAGCUCCGCUACCGCUUCUGCUGCUUCCCCCGCUGCUGCUGCUGCUGCUGCUGCUGCUGCUGCUGCUGUGGAUGGCAGUGGUGGGGUUGGUCGUACUAGAACCGACAAUGCAGGAGAUGGGGAAGGUGGGGCAAGCACAGCAGGAGGUUCGUCAGGAGGAGGCGCUGCAGCAGGGCCGUUGGCUGCUCCCUCCCCUGCAUCCGAGAAGAGCCGCCCGUUGAGCCCGCUGCUUGCGAGCAAAGGAGGAGGGGCAGCAGCAGCAGGCAGGUCCGGAGGGACGAGGGACGGCGUAGCAGUGGAAAGCAGAGGGUCGAGAAGUGGGGAGCGCGUGAGAAGGCGGAUGACGGGCGAAGAAUCGCCAGCAGCAGGAGCAGGAGCAGAGAGGAGUUCUGGUGCUGGGGCGGCAGCAGGGCAAUCAGUGACCCGUUCGCCCAGCCCGGUGCCGUCAGGGCUGUUUGGGUUCAUGCGGUCCCCUGCAAAGGCAGCACGCAAUAGAGGGCGGUCGCUGGAGUGCCUGCCGUUCCUUGCCUCCCUCGCAUGCUCCGAUGCCCACCCUCUGCUGGCGCUGGAUGGUGAUGAUGAUAGUAGUGACGCGUCUCAGAAUGACAAAGAGGACGACUCACAUGCUGCUGCGGGUACUGGUGCUGGUGCUGUUGGUGUUGGUGUUGGUGAGCGGGAUGAUGGGGGAGAGAUUGGCGGGAAAGUGUGGAAUGAAGAGGGUUGUGUGGAGGAGGAUGGAGAGGAAGGGAGUGUGGUGGAGCGGGAGAGUGAAGGGGAGGAGGGGAGUGUGAAUGUUAUUGAAGGCCGGGAGAUGGAGGGGCGGGAGGAGUGGGGGGAGGGGGAGGAGUGGGACGAGGAGAAGGAGGAGGAAAAGGAAGGGCAGGCAGGGGAUGUGGUGGAGGAUUGGGAAGGAGAGGUGCAUGGUGGUGGUGGUGAGUCUAUGGGUGUGCAGGAGAGGCGAAGAGCUAGCGGUGAGGGGGGUAUACGAGGCGGAGUAAGGGUGUCAUGGCGACCGUUGCAAGGGGAGGAGGAGGAGGGAGUUGGAGACAUACGGAAGUCAGAGGGAGAGAGGUGGGAGGCAGCAGAAGGGAGGAGCGCAAGCCUGGGGAAGAGGGACGGUGGGAGAGAGGCGAGGGUGAAGCGAGGAGGGGUGAAUGGGACUGAGGAGGAGGGUGACAUGUACCCUGUGGUUUGGGAAGGUGGUGAGAUGGGUGAGGUUGAAGGGAUGGGGAAUGGGGAUGCGUGGGCAUAUGAUCGUGGCGGGAAGAAACUGGAGGAGAGGGAGGGGGAGGAGGAGUGGGGAGAGGAAGAUGAGGGGGUGUUUGAGAGGGCGAACAGCGACCGGAUUGGAAGGCGCCAAGGUGCAACAGAGAGGGAGCAUGGGGCUGGGCGCGAGCAAAGAGUCAGGCGCAGCAUGAGCAUGGGCGUGGGCUUGGGCUUGAGAAGGGACACGGGGUCGGGGAGUGGUGGUGUUGGUGUGAGUCAAGAGUCGUGGAGGGAAAAGGAGCAGGGUAAGGGGUCGAGGAAAGGGGGUAGCAAGAGCAGAGGCAGCAAGGGGGCGAACAGGAUUGGUGUUUCUGGUCCGGAGGAAGGCGACGCGUCCACGCCGGAGGGUCGGCAGAGUGCGAGUCUGUACGAGCGUGUGUUUGGGCUGUGCGUGAACGUGCUGGGAGGGCCGUUUGAGGACGUGAAGAGCAAGUACUUGCUGCACAAGAAAGAGCUAGGCGAGGGGCGGUUUGGGCGCAUUCGCCUGUGCGAGAGCAGGGAGACGCGGGAGAAGGCGGCUUGUAAAACCGUCAGCAAGCGGAACCUGCGUUGUCAGGCAGAUGUGGAGGAUCUACGAAGGGAGGUGCAGAUACUGCGCAUGCUCAAGGGCCACCCCAACAUCGUGCACCUCUUCCAUGUGUUUGAAGACGCCGAGGACGUGCACAUGGUGAUGGAGGUGUGUGCGGGGGGGGACCUGUUCGACCGCGUGAAGGCGCGGCUAUUCUACCCGGAGCGCAACGCAGCGCGCGUGGUGGCGGAGGUGGUGGGCGUGGUGCAGCACUGCCACCGCCUGGGCAUCGUGCACCGCGACCUCAAGCCCGAGAACAUCCUGCUGCUUAAGCCUGACUGCGACGUGUCACUCAAAGUCAUUGACUUUGGCAUCUCGGGGAUUCUUGCUCCUGGAGAGCGGUUCAACGAGCGCAUUGGAUCACCAUUCUACAUGGCACCGGAGGUAGUGCAGCGGUCGUACGGGUGCGAGGCGGACAUAUGGAGCGUGGGGGUCAUUCUCUACAUCCUGCUGUGCGGCCGCCCGCCCUUCUGGGCGCCCACCACGGACGGCGUGUACGAGAGCAUCAAGGCGGGGCGCCUCAACUUCUCCUUCCCUCCAUGGCCCUCCGUGUCGGCUCACGCCAAGGACCUUGUGGCGCGCAUGCUCACGGUGGACCCGAGGAAACGGGUCACUGCCGAGGGGAUUCUGGGGCACCCAUUCAUUACCUCCAAUUGUGAAGGCUAG